AUGUACAAUCCUUACCAAGCACCAGGUCAAUAUGCGCCGCCCGGCGCAGGCGCGCCUGGAGACUACAGUGGAGGGUUCCCUGGCGCACCGCCAGGUAUGGCACCUCCUCCUGGUAUGGCACCUCCAGGCAUGGGGGGAGUCCUUCCUCCUCCAGGAAUAGGCAUUCCACCACAACAAGAGGCUCACGCACCUAGACCUGGCUCUGCGACGGCAGCGUUCCCUCCGAAUUUCCAACCUCCGCCCAACAUUAAUUUCUCAGCGCCCGUCAUUCGACUAGGCACCUCCGGCUCUGCUGCGAAACCUGAAGGAGGACGAGACGCUGACCACCGCUCAGAACAACCUCAAAGAAGAAGAGCAGGGUUGGGCUCCGAUUUCUCUUCCCACCGGGGUCCUGAACAUCGAGAUCGAGGUGAUCGAGGAGACAGAGGAGAUCGAAUCAAUCAGAUCCAACCGCAGACAAAGGAAGAAAUCAUAAAGACCAUUUUCGUCGGCGGGAUCACAGAGGGCACCGGGGGCGAUGAGGGCGUGGAGCGGAUUUUGCGGGCGGCGGGCAAUUUGCGCCGUUGGAUCCGUGCCACGGAUGGAGAUGACAAGCCUUGCAAGUUUGGGUUUGCUGAGUACGAAGACCCCGAGAGCCUCAGUACGGCAGUUGAAGUGCUAAGGGAUGUCGAGGUUCCUGUCAAACGGCAGACACCUAAACCUGCUACUGCUGAAGCCAAAGAUGGCGGUGGCGUUGAUGGUGAAGAAGAAAAAGAGGUUGAGAUGUCUAAACUAGUGGUCGUCGCAGAUGACAAUUCUCUCAGUUAUAUCGAGCAAUGGGAAGAAUCCCAUGGCGGGGGAAACCCGGAGCAAAGACAAAUGCGACUCGAUCACGCUCGAAGUGCCCUCGAGGCCGUGCUCAAGGAUCUCAUAAAUCCUAGAGUCCCCACGCAAAAAGACGAACUAUCCAACAUCGACAGAGAAGGCGACACCAAAAUGGGCGACGGCACAACGAAUGCAGAUGGUGAUGUUGUGACCAUUCCCAUAACAAUUGAGGACGAAUUGGCCGAUAUUCCAGCCGAAAUGCGGGAAACCGUUGCCAAAGAAAUAGCGGCGUUUCGAGACAGAAGUAACCGACGAGAUUUGGAGCGCCUGAAACGGGAAGAGGAGAUUGAGCAACAAGAACGGAACCGGAUGAUGAAUGGAGAUCGAUAUAAUCGUCUUGCUUCACCGCCUCCGACAGCGCCUUCGGGACCAGGAGCUUCUAAUGGCAUACCAGUGGGUCCACGAGGAGCCCCUGCAGGUCCCAAGGGGUUCGGCCAACAGAUUCCGAGAGACUACCAAAAAGGAGUGACGUUUGUGAAUGGCACAGCAAUCACUGGAGCAUCAGCGUUUGAGGACGAAGACACGGACGCCAGCGACGAGGAACUAGAACGGAGACGAAAAGCCAAGAGAGACGCCGAAUUGGAGAAACAAUACCUUGACCAGGAGCGACGGUGGCUGAACCGGGAACGAUCCAGGACGGCGGCGGUAGAACGCGAGAAGAUGCGCGACAAAGAGGAAGCGGCUCGAAUGGAGGAACAGAAAGAAGCCAUGGCCAAGAGACUGCGCGAGUGGAAUGACGAUAUUGAAGCCUCGCGCAAGACGGAAGAAUACUAUGCUGACCGGAGCAUGUGGAUCCGUAACCGUGCCAGCUUCCGACAACGGGAAAUUGCCAACGAUGAUGCCGAUCGAGCUGCAGAACAACGUGAGAGGGAGAGAGAGAUGCAACAGCAGCAGCGGGCGGGUGCUUUGGCGGACGAUUUCCUCGACAGACAGGAAGCAGAGAUGUCGCGACAAAGACGGGACCAGCAGCAGCAACAAGAAGACGAGGAUCGGCGAUCACAACGACAACCGAGUCAGGACCAAAAUCGACGAGAGCCUGCGAAAUUCAAACUUUCCUUGGGUGCUGCGGCGGCGCAGAAGGCAGCGGCGGCGCAGAGCGCGGCACAGGUCGGGAAACGCACCGUCGCCGAGGUCGAAGGGUUGCUCGAAGACGAGGAAGACGAAGCCGGGACGGGUGCUCGCAAACCGUUGGUUCCUAUUCAAUACGAUGCUUCGGCGACUUCGACCAUGACCGAAGAAGAACGUGCACAAGCAGCCCGUCAACUUGCUGCGGACAUCCCUAAUGACAAGGAAGGGUUGUGGAACUGGGAUGUCAAGUGGGAGUUUGUGGAUGAAAGCAUCAUUGACGAGCGGUUGAAGCCUUUUGUCGAGAAGAAGGUCGUCGAGUAUCUCGGCGUCCAGGAACAGAUGCUCGUCGAUGUCGUGGUCAAUGCUCUACGGACGAGGGGGAAGCCGCAAGAUCUGGUGGGCGAGUUAGAAGGGGCCCUCGACGAAGAAGCAGAAGUCCUCGUCCGCAAACUCUGGCGCAUGCUCAUUUUCUUCUCCGAGUCGGAGAUGCGAGGUCUUUCGGCAUAG